UAUACAUGUACCUACAUCGUAUGUACCUAUCUAUAGCUAUAGAUGCAUAACCAACGCGCUCGCUGUGUGCCUUGUCAAACCACUCUUAUUUAGUAUUAAAUCAGCAACAGCCACAUUCGGUCGUUUUACUUAUAUACCUACCCGCAUACAUAUCAGUGUCGAACGAGGAUUUACCUACCGCGCGUGUGUAAAAAAUAAUUAGUUAUGUCGUUUUUGGGAAAUUUGACUGAUUUUGAUCAUAAAACCAGCGAGUGGCAGAUUUUUAAAGGACGCUUGACACAAUUUAUUAAAAUAAACGAUGUGAAGGAUGGAAAUAAAAGUGGGAUUCUAAUAACUCAUCUCACAGAUGAGUCAUUCCGUUUGUUGCGAAACCUCGCAUAUCCUACGGAAGUAGAUGACCUUACUUAUGAUCAGCUGAUUAAAUACCUGGACGAUCAUUUUAAGCAGAAGAAGUGCACAUAUGCAGAUAAGGCACGUUUCUAUGGAGCGACAAGGAACGUAGGCGAAACCUUGGGAGAAUGGGCGGCGCGAUUGAGAGGACUAGCUAGUUACUGCGAGUUCGGCUCCGCUUUAGAAACGGUUUUAGCAGAUCGUUUUGUCCUAGGCCUAGGUUCAGGCUCUGAACGUGACAAGUUAUUCGAGCAAGAUGCGUCGUCAAUUAAGAUUGGCCAGGCCUUGGAAAUAGCGGAGAAAGCAGAAUCUGCAAGGGAAGCGAAGGCUGUGAUGACCGGUACCAGCACCAUCAAGGAGGAGCCCCUGAAUCGGAUGAGUAGCGAGGGGCGGUACGCGGCAGGCGGCAGCGGCGGAGCUAGGCGCGGCGGCGGCGGCGGCGGCGGCCGCGGCGGCGCGCGGGCUCCGGCGGCGGACCGCGACGACCAGCGAGCGGUUUCCCGGUGCUCCGUAUGCGGCAUGAAGAGUCACGAGGGUGACAGGUGCCGUUACAAGACCUAUCGUUGCCAAAAGUGUGGAGUCGUAGGACACUUGAAGAAAGUGUGUAAAAAUGUGCGCCUCAAUAAUAUGGAGUGUGAUGAUAAUUCGGUCGAGCAAAACACUUGCGAGGAGUGCCAUAUGUAUAAUUUAAGGGUUCAAGACUAGUGUGGGAGGGAUGUUGUGUAUACAUGUACCUACAUCGUAUGUACCUAUCUAUAGCUAUAGAUGCAUAACCAACGCGCUCGCUGUGUGCCUUGUCAAACCACUCUUAUUUAGUAUUAAAUCAGCAACAGCCACA